CGUGGCUACUUUCUCUCCUCCUCGCCUUUCCUUUGCUGCUCGGAAAGCGGAUGGCUCAAACGGACUCGGGGGUGCAGUGGGGCUCAAUCCUCUAUUCCAGGAGCUUUUAAUUCCCCCCCCCACACUUCCUGCGAAUGCUGUGAGCAAAACAAUAUCCGCCAAGAUGGAAGAAGUACAGUCCCAACCUGGCGUGGCUUUUCUGAAUGUGACCUCGAGCUACGUGCCCCACACCAAGGUGGAGUGUCACUACAGCCUGCCGCCUGGCAUGAAGCCGUCCGCCAGAGACUGGAUUGGGAUAUUUAAGGUGGAGUCCUCUUCAGUGCGUGAUUAUUAUACCUUUGUGUGGUGCACAGUUCCAGAUGGAGGAACUUCUGCAGGAGCCCUUCUUCACUGUAACGUUCAAUUCCAAGCCAGCUACCUGCCCAAGCCAGGCCCCCAGCAGUACCAGUUCCGCUAUGUGGAUCGCCGUGGGGAGGUGCGUGGUCAAAGCUCCCCUUUCCAGUUCAGCGAGCCGCGGCCCAUGGAUGAGCUUGUCACUCUGGAGGAGGCGAGCGAUGACGGUGGGGGCACCGACAUGUUGCUGGUGGUUCCCAAGGCCGCCCUGCUAGAGACACAGUUGGAAGAGAGCCGGCAGGAGCAAGGAGCCCUGCUGCAGGAGUCGUGCCGCCUGAAGGAUGAGGUUCAAGAGCUGAGAAGCCGUGUGGCGGAGCUGGAAGCAGUCCUGGGCACGCUUCGGGAUGAACACACCAAGCUGGCUGCACAGUACAAGGAAUUAUCGAAUUCUUUUGCGGAAGUAUCCGAGCAGAGAGAUACACUAAGCCUCCAAGAAGCUGAGCACGUGGCCCGAAUCCGAGAGUUGGAGGGUGACAUCCAGGCCAUGGGUGAGAAGAUGCUGCAAAGAGAGACGGAGUUAGACAGAAUGAAAGAUACUGUCAAGUCUCUGCUGCGUGAACAGGAGCAGAUUCACAACCAGCUCAAAGAGGAGAAUGCGGAGAAGGAGCAGUACCAGGUAAAGCUGCAGGCCUCAGAAGAGGAGAGCCGCAGCCUGGCCUCUGAUCUGCAGGAAGCGAAGACCCUCCAUGGGGAGAAGGUCUCACAGACUCUGGGGCUGCAGGAGGACAUCAGCAAGUUGCAGCAGAAGCUGACGGCUGCUAAUCGCCGCACCGUGCAGAUGGAGUCUCUGUGCGAACAGCUGCGCUCCACGCAGGACAUUCUGGCUGCCAGCCAGCAGAAAGUGGCUCUCUUGGGGGAAGAGUUGGCCAGCGUGGCCUCCAUCCGGGACCGCACCAUCUCCGAUCUGCACAAGAGCCGCCUGGAGGCAGCUGAGAUCAACAUCAAGCUGGCUGACAUGACUCUCAAGUGGAAAGAGGGCAAAGGGCAGUGGUGGAAGGAGAAGGCCACACUGCUGCAGAGCAUGGAGGCAGAGAAGGACAAGAUCCUGAAGCUGAGCGCCGAAGUGCUGCGCCUGGAGAAGAGCCUGCAAGAAGAGCGGGCACAGCGCCAGGUCUUGCGUUUGGAGUUGGCACAGGAACGUGACUCCAGUCUGGUGCAGGUCUCUGAGAGCCGCCGGGAGCUGCGAGAGCUGCGAGCUGCACUUCAGGUUGCCCAGAAGGAGAAAGAGCAGCUCCAAGCCGAAAAGCAGGAGCUGCUGGUAUACAUACGACGCCUUGAGGAGCGUCUGGAGAAAGUGGCCGACGAGAAAUGGAGUGAAUCUAUUCUCUGCGAUGAAGAGGAGGCUGCGCCAGAGACUCCUGGCUCCCUGGACUCGCCGCUGUCCGACUCUGAGGAUGAGUGUCCUGAGGACAUGCGCCUGCCUGCGCAGCUCGGGUCCUACAGUUUGUGUGACAACCGGGCAGCUACUACCACUCCGCCUUGUGCCCGGGGACCCGCACACACCGUGGUGAUCAGCCAGCCGGCACCCAUUGCCAAUCAGAUCAAGCAGCCGCCCGAGGAUUCCAGUUCCGACUCGGAGGCUGAGGACGAAAAGGCAGUGCUGAUGGCAGCUGCCCAGAGUGGUGGCGAAGAAACCAACCUGCUCCUUCCAGAGCUGGGCAGCGGCUUCUAUGAAGUGGCCAGUGGCCUGACAGGGCGGCAGAUGUCGGAGCCGGGGGCUUGCGGCAUGGGGGUCUCUCCCUUAGACCUGCCCUCGCCGGCCCAUUGGAAGGAAUGCCCCAUCUGCCACGAGCGCUUCCCACCCGAGAGUGACAAGGAAACGUUGGAUACACAUGUUGACGGGCACUUCUUUUUCAGCACCCAUGACCCCUUCACCUUUGAGUAACCGUUUCUCCCCCCCCCCCCAAACCCCCUUCCUCCCAACCACCACCAUGCCCCUUCUGUUUUCCCCUCUCUCUUCCAUGGGAUCCAGGCUGGGUAUAUAUUCCCUCCCUUCUCCCUUGAUAGUGAGAUUGCUAUGAGGAAUGCUUUACCCCAGGAAGGGUGGCUUCAGCUGCUAGGUGGUAGCAAGCGGGUACCACCUUCUUGGGACGCCCUCUCCACGGUCAGAGUCAACUUGCAUUAGGAGCAGCAAAGUUAGUUAUGUACACACACACACACACCUAUAUGUGCACACAUUAAGCCAAGCUGAGUGUCAGUGACUGAGAGCUCAGAAGUUAAGAGCGUGUCUUCAUGGCACCCAGGGUAGGCACAUGUGUGCAGGGGGGGGGCAGAAUGCGCCAGCCUGGUCGCCAAUGCAAUGCCAGCCCCGAUGAUCCCAGCCUUGCAGAGCGGCUCAGGGAGGGUGGCAUGAGAAAGACACAACAGCCUUGCACCUCUUGAUCCCAGGCUCGCCUUCGCUUUGCAAGGCUGGGACCCAAGAGCACAUGGCUGUUGUGUCUUUCUCAUGCUGCCCUGCCGAUGCGGGCUGGAGGGGCAGCGUGAGGAGGGCGCAGCAGGGCAGGCAGGCGCCCUUUGGUCCAUGUCCAUUGUGCCCUCCUGAUGCCCUGCCAACCCUCUGCUGUUUUGUGAGGCUGGGAUAUGGGAUCAGACCCGCAAAGCAGCACAGGGCUGGCAGGAGCGGUGUGAGGAGCAAAUUGU